AUGGAGCUCGUGACCCUGAUCCCACAUCGAUUGAGCUACGGCCCUGCUGGGAGUGCCGCCAGCGAUCAGGCUCGCCUGGCGUUCGACGACAUCACAGCGCCCGAGUUCAGGCAAGGCUUGUAUGAGGUUUGCCACUACCCCAGGAGUGCCCUCCGUGGCUGCGUUGGCCCGCUGGCAAUUGACCAGACGCUGUGGUUCAGCCACGAACUCAACGAGCGGCUGAAUGAUGAGGGCAAGCUCAUCGUCGUCGAGUACAGGAACGAGGAUCGCCAGAACGUUGCCGUGGUUGUUGGCGCCUACCUCAUGCUCGGCCUCGGCUGGUCCGCGAGAGAGGUGUGCGGCACUCUGCCCAAAGACGCUGGCCUGACCUUUCCGUGCUCUUGGAUCGAACCAGGGGACCUGAGGACUGCUCGUGGGAAACCCCUCAUGACGGUCCAGGAUUGCUGGGAGGGCGUGCAAAUGGCCAGGGACCUCGGGUGGCUGCGAAAAGAAACGGUCAACGAUGGCAUCAUGGCCUCCCUCGCGGCCAGCCAGUUCUGGAAGACCAACUGCGAGUACGACGCGGCAUGGCUGGUGCCGGGUGCUGUCGUCGUCAUGGCAGAUCCAAUGACGACCAUCAAGGACCCGAACCCGAAAACGUGCCCCGCUUUUGGAGAUGGCAAACUGCAGGGCUCCGACGACAAUUGGGAAACGGGCUCCCUCGACGAUCUCCGGCGGCAGUCCGUAUGCGACUCUUCGCCCUCCAGACCCUCCAGCCCGAACGUCGCCUUCCAUGAGAAGGUCUCUGAUUUCGUUCCAGGGACAACCCCCAGCACCACGGAUGGGCGGGACUCCGACGAGUUCCAGAAGGGCCAGCGGGAUUCUGCAUCGGUUCUCACCGUGUGCAAGGUCUACGGCUCGGGGGACGCGCUCGCCAGGGGCUGCGACCUGUGGCCAGGCGCCAGGCCCUUUGUGGACUUCCUGCUGGAGGAGGGCAUCAAGAUCGUGGUGCGCGUCAACAUGUCGGACGAGCCUGGCAGCUACGACGCGGGGCUGCUAGCCGACGUCGGGAUCCAGCACGCGGACGUUCCCGUCAGCGACUCCAAGCACCCGAGCAACAAGGGUGGUGUCCCCCCCCCCGCCGCCAUCAAGCGCUUCUUCACUCUGACCAGGCACAUGGCCGCCGAGGACGGCGGCGCUGUCCUCGUCCACUGCAAGGGCGGCUUCGGCAGGAGCGUGUUUCUGGCAUGCCUCUUCGUCAUUCACAAGUAUAACGUCUCAGGCCGCGGUCUUCUUGGCUGGGCGCGCAUUGCCCGUCCAGGAGCCCUCACGACCCCAGAGCAGGAGUCCGUCCUGCGUUCUUUGUCUGGCCGGGUGGACCUGUGCAGGAGGUAUGGCAUCCCCUGCGAAGGCCCAGCUGACACGCCAGCGGCGAAGGGCUGCUGCACGGUAAGUUGA